AUGGGAGCUCUCCUACUGUUUGGCAGAGCUGUAACCAUCCCAUCCCAUAAUGCACUGCACCAUGGCUUAUAUCUCAGUGACACUUUGCUGGAGGUGGUGGGUCUGGAGGGGGCCAUCGAGAUGGGCCAGAUCUACACCGGACUGAAGAGUGCGGGACGGAGACUGGCCCAAUGCUCCAGCGUCACCCUCAGGACGUCCCGGCGACUCCCCAUGCAGAUUGAUGGUGAGCCCUGGAUGCAGCCCCCGUGUACAAUCCGAAUCACGCACAAGAACCAAGUUCCCAUGCUCCUGGGCCCGCCUCAGAAGACCCCAUUUUUCUUCUUCAAAAAGCGCAAUCGGAGCCGUGACUAA